UUAUUGAUUUGAAUUUCUUGAUUCAAAUUUUAAGCGACAUAAUUUAUGUCUUAUUACCAUUUCUAAGUGCAAAAUCUCUUGAAUUAAAUCAAAACACGGUAACAGUUAAUAUUUAUCGAAAAGUCACGAAUUAUGACAACAAUCCUAUAGGACGUAAAAACCAAAUAAGGACUACAAGGAUAAUAUUCAAUUAAUUAUACAUAAUUGAUAAAUAAUUCAUUGGAAUUCAGUCAGCCAUGUAGGGUGUUAUUGUGGGUGGAUAGGUAUUAGAAUUUUAACCUGUUCAUACCCAUACCCAAUCAAUAACAUGAGCAUAUAUCCUCCCAGUAAAUAUCAAUAAUUAAAAAAUUGUGUGUGGAAUGGAGGCAGCAAAAACCGAGAAAAAUGAUACCCAACAAAUUGUGAUACAAACGAGUAACUAUAACGUUACAGUCAUACCAGUGGAGUUCAAUCGUAAUAGAGUUUACAACGGGCAAAAUGCCGAUUACUUGGUUGAACCUUACAGUCGUACCCAUGAUGAUUAUUCCCAAACAGAAGACAUUUCCGGGCAAGGCACUUUGUAUUCUGUAUCCCAACGACUACCUCAGCUGAAUGCCAGUUACUCCAAUCCACCAGGUAAUGAGGGUGGAUUUGGAGACCAGGUGAAGUAUACAAAUAAACAGCCAGAAUGGGACAACGAAAAAGAUCAUUCCACUACAGAUGAUAAAAUUCCUACCAUAGAAAGUAAACAGCCAAACGAGUCCGCUCCUGCCACUGUGCCCACAUCGAGCAAAGGAGUAAUAACUAAUGGUAUUGCAGAGCAAUUGCAAGGUCCUAUAAUUCCCACUUGUGUAUAUUUACAUAGUCGUACUGCUAUUAUGAUGGAGAUUGAAGACACCCCCACAGCAACCUGUGAUCGUAUCUGCCAAGCAAUUAUUAAUUGUGACGAGUUGGGAUUGAAUAAACAGUUGGCUCCUCAGAUUUUCACUUUGUGGAUGGUCAGUCCACUUCUGGAACUGCAACUGAAACCUUCUCAUAAGCCUUAUGAACUUAGAAAGAUGUGGCGGUCUCUGGUGGAGCAAUAUAGCCACGUGUCUUUGAACAGGCAACAGCGAGAUGAACCCAAAGUUAUAUUUCAAAGAAAUGUAUUUUUUCCGCAGCACUUGGAGGAGAAAAUCAAAGAUCAAAAGAUUCUCGAAUUGCUCUACGAGGAAGCCCGCAACAAUAUACUUGACUGCAAAUACCCUUGCGAAGUGAUCCAUUAUAUAAUGCUGGGUGGGAUACAGGCUAGAAUAGAAUUGGGGCCGUACAACCCUCUCGUUCAUUCGACACAUUAUUUUAGAGAGGAGCAAUCGAAAUAUCUUCCGCUUCACGUGAGAAAGAGCUCGACAUGGACUUGGUUGCCGAUCAGCUCAAAGAAUUCAGCGGAGGUAAGACUCCUGGAACAAUUCAAGAGAAUUCCCACUUCUGCCACCAAUAGGAAGUUGAUGAAGAAAUAUCUGGAGUUUUGCUGGUCAUUGCCAUUUUAUGGCUCUGCAUUUUUCGAGGGGCAAGUGGAACAGCCAGUCAGAGGGCUGACGUCACUGAUAAUCCACCAAGACAUUCCAGUAUUAGUAGCAAUAAACUCUAGAGGCAUCUACAUUAUAGACGAUUUACAGUGUGUGAUCUUAUUAGGUCUGAAGUUUGAAGAAUUCAGUUGGGAGUAUGCCAGGCCCUCUAUGGAAGAGGACCCUAACUGUUUGCCGUGUCUCUUUUUGCAAUUUAUGGUUGUCGAAAACGGAGCAAGAGUUUCGAAGAUUUUACAGGUUUUUUCGAGGCAGGCCAGCUUGAUGGACAAACUGAUUACAGUGUUCGUCGGACAGUUGAAAUCUGCGGAUGAAACGGACAAACCAGUGGAUAAUAACGUCAAUAAUGAAACUGAAACUCAUUCGUCCGUUAUAAUGGGUACGCCACAUCCGACGAUGCUGACAUCUCUCAGCAACAAGUUGAACAGACUCACUUUGGCUACCUUUGAUGAAGAUGGUCACUGUAUAGGCCAGAUGGGAUCUUGGUCUUUCACUUACUAAAAUUUUGUUGUUCACUUAACAUUCCUUAAUUACCAGGCAUACAUGCGUUUAGGUUAUUAAGUUGUUUUAACCAAAGAUAAUAAUUGCAUUCAGUCAUAUCCUGCUCAGAUCUUGCAUGACUCAAAACUUUUUCUUUGCUUGACAUUAACAGUAAGACCCCAUAUCUCUUUUAGAUCUACUGCUGUAUUUCAUAAAAUUAAACUGUGAAUUCACCUGAAAAUUAUCAAUUGAGAAUGUUGAAUAUUGGGCCUAAUUCCUCUAGUAUUCCUUAAAAUACAUUUUCUUGUGGGGUCAAUGUGUUUCGAAAUUUUGAGGAUUUUCACCUUCCACAAUCCGAAAAAUAAACAAGUAAUAAUGGGCAAACAGAAGAGUUAACCCUGGAAAAUAACUGCAUAAUGUAAACUUAAAUUCUAAUCAGACGAUAAUUUAACAUAAUUAUGAAUUUUCAUGUCAAAUAAGAUGAAAUUAUGAAAAACUACAUGCUUAGUUUUCUCCUGAAAAAAGUUGACUUCCACGUUUAUUUCAAUCUUGGUCCAGGUGUGAUCUAUUUUCACAGAAUUGAUGAAAUACACUUGUUCCUGACAAAAUAAUAUUCUUUAAGUUUUCUGGAUUCUGAUUAGUUUCCACCUUAUGAGGGUGAUCUGAAAAGUUUCAGACCUCAAUAUGAAGAUGGCAGCACUCGCAAAUAAAAGCAAGUGAAUUUCGUUGUUUAUCUCUCGACAAUUACUUGCCAAAGUUUUAGCUGUCAAUAAAUAUUUGUUUUAGAAAGGCAAUACGUCUACUCAAAUCAAAGAUGAGUUGGAUUCUGUGUAUGGGGACUCUGCACCAUCAUUUAUCACAGUGAAAUUUUGGGCAGCUGAAUUCAAAUGUGUCCGUAAGAGCUUGGGGGACGAUGAAUGUUCUUGACGUUCAAAAACAGCCGAAUUAAAGUGAGAAAGAUAGCAGAGGUUAUGAACAUGUCAAACGAACGUGUUUAUCACAUAUUGAAUUAACAUUAAGGCAUGAGAAAGCUGUCCGCGCGUUGGGUGCCGCGUUUGUUCACGUUAGACCAAAAACGUGUUCGAAUGAACAUUUCCAGCACUCUGUUGUCGAGUUUAGGCGCAAUAAAUCCAAGUUUUAGCGCCGAU